UGUCAUUGUUGGCCAUUGCGGGACGGGCGGGCUAAACAGAGAUUUAAACUGCAGAGAUGGAGGGAUAGUGAUCCGCACAUCUGCAGAAGGAAAGUCAAACUGAAAACACGUUAAACCAGCUCCGCGAAGAACACUCCUAGCAAGAGUCAGGUGAUCACUGCAGUGCUGCCGGAGCAGGGAUGCAGAGGCAAGCCCGGGUUCAAGAGCUGGAAGCAGGGCUGGCCCCGGGGAGACGGCCGUUCCAGGGGAAGUCCUUCUACCUGGACCUGCUGCAGAGCAGGCAUACCCCGCGGGUCGUGGAGGCCAUCGGGAGGAUGGGAGGGACAAUCGAGAGCUUCCUUAGCAAGGAGGUGAGCUACCUGGUUUCGAGGAGUCAAGAGGCUAGGCAGGGAGGCAUCACCAAGGAAACGGAGGGGCAGUCUGUCCAAGAGGCCAGACAGGGAGGCAUCGUCAAGGCAAAGGAGGGGCAGUCUGUCAGAGAGGCCAGAGAGGGAGGCAUCGCCAAGGCAAAGGAGGGGCAGUCUGUCAGAGAGGCUAGCCAGGUGGGCAUCGCCACGGCAAAGGAGAGGCAGUCUGUCCGAGAGGCCAGGCAGGAUGACAUCACCAACUCUCCCUCUCCAUCUCUGGGCAGCAGGAAAGGAAACCAGCGAUCAGCCAGCAUGACCCAGAGCAGCCGUGGGAAGGCGUUACUGGACAAAGCGAUGCGCAGCGCUCAGGCAUGCGGUGAGGGGAGCAGUGUUCUGGCCGAUGCUCGGUCCUGGGGAGUAAAGGUCCUGCACAUCGAUGACCUUCUGGCCUACAUUGACAAGGUCACUCUUCAGAGCUCUAAGGCAAAGAAAAAGGCGGCAGAGGUGCAGACUCUAACAGCCUCGCCGCCUUCUGUCCUUCAGAAGAAACCUGCUACUGCUGCCACACCUCUGGCCCGCGUUGUGAAAGCAGGGACUCUGAAGCAGCCUUUUCUUAAGAUUGAAGACUGCAGCAGGCGCUACAAACCCCUUCACCUGCAGCUCGCCAGCCUCCCUCAGCUGGACUUCUCCAGAGUCACCCGCUGCAGCCCCUUCGAACCCCCGGCACCACUUCAGCCUGGAAAAGAGGAGAACCAGCUCAAGAGGAUGGUCAACAGGGAGAGCCGUGGACUGACCCCCAGCGACAGAGAACAGGGGAAACAGGGCACUGUGGCCACCCCUCCCCUGCCAGUCACCACUGUGGACAGGAAACGCCAGGGCUUCUGCGAGUGCUGCCAGCAGGCCUUUCAGGAGCAGAUCGAGCACCUGCAGUCUGAGCAGCACCGGGUCUUCGCUCAGAACACCUCGCACUACUCUGCAGUGGACCGGCUCAUCUCGCAGCUCCAGUGCCACUUUGUGGAGCUCCCUGCACAGCACAGCUCUCUGCUCAGGUGUGUGAGUCCUCCUGUCCACUCCCCAGAGGUUUCCCUGGAUCUGCCUCAGAAUAACAGUGAGGUAGAGAAGGCUAUCGAGGCCCUGUUGUGUCAGGGGGAAGCUUCCACACAGGGAAGGGGCCGGGGGGACUGCAUUCUCAACACACCACCUCCCCAGCAGAGGGGAGAGGGGGACUGCAUUCUCAACACACCUCCUCCCCAGCAGACAGGAGAGAGGAACUGCAUUCUCAACACACCUCCUCCCCAGCAGAGAGGAGAGAGGAACUGCAUUCUCAACACACCACCUCCCCAGCAGAGAGGAGAGAGGGACUGCAUUCUCAACACACCACCUCCCCAGCAGAGAGGAGAGAGGGACUGCAUUCUCAACACACCUCCUCCCCAGCAGACAGGAGAGAGGGACUGCAUUCUCGACACACCACCUCCCCAGCAGAGAGGAGAGAGGGACUGCAUUCUCAACACACCUCCUCCCCAGCAGACAGGAGAGAGGGACUGCAUUCUCAACACACCUCCUCCCCAGCAGACAGGAGAGAGGAACUGCAUUCUCAACACACCACCUCCCCAGCAGAGAGGAGAGAGGGACUGCAUUCUCAACACACCUCCUCCCCAGCAGAGAGGAGAGAGGGACUGCAUUCUCAACACACCUCCUCCCCAGCAGAGAGGAGAGAGGGACUGCAUUCUCGACACACCACCUCCCCAGCAGAGAGGGGGGGUGACCUCACUGGCAGGCACGCCCUGUGGGCCUGUGAACACUGCUAACGAACCAGUGCAGAGACCUCUGCAUAGACCAUUGAGCCAGGCCUCAUCAAAGCCUGGACACUGCCUUCCCCGCACAGCCUCACCAGUGCCGCGGAACAGUAAGAAACGCCCCCGCGCAUCCAGCGCCAGCCCCUCCGGGAGGAAGAGACGGAGAGUUGCUGUGGAGCACUCCUCGGACCCCGCUUUCAACAGGCUCUCCUGUAGCCAGCCGGGGAUUGGGGGCUGCCCCAGGGCUCAGUCAGGGGAGGGUGGAGCUCUCCCUGCUCUCCACCGAGCGGAAACCCCAGGACUGCCCCAGCAAAGGGAACGUUUGAGGCCAUCAGGGACUCCAGGGAUCCAGCCUUCAGCUUCCGAAGCGCCUGACGUGGAGCGACUCUUUCAGGAAUCUGCUUCUGAGUGCCUUCACAAGGGCUUCAGCCAGCCAGCAUGCCCUCCCCUUCCUGUGCCCCCUGCCCCAGGCUCUCAGCACCUCACUGCUGCUGAAACCCCGCCAUCUGAAGCUGUCCGAGCAGGGCAGGGCCAGCUGUUGACCCCCUGUGGUUAUCAGAAUGUGAAUGCAGCAGGCCGGGUUGGGGGUCCUUUUCCUCUUCCCUUACAGCCCGCAGCCCAGCCGGCUGUGGGGUGCCCAGGGGGGUUCCUCCCUUUGCUCUGUCCGGACUAUCUUCCUGCCCCAAUGAACUUCAGGCUGAGCCUGCCGGGCCAGUGCUUUUCCCCCGUCCUGCCGUCUGUGUGUCCUGUUGAUCAGCCCCCUGAGCUACCCCUGGCCUGGCCCGUCUGCCCCCCUGUCCUGGAACACAGCUCUGCCAUGUCGCAGUCCUUCUCCUCCCUGCGCGUCGACACCAGCCUGCUGCCUCCAGGGAGCUUCUCCUCCGAGUCUGACUGGGACUGCGACCUGCUCUCUCGGCUGGAGGGCCCUUCUGCCACUAGGGGGCAGUGUGGCGUGGACAUGGAGGUGCUGCGGCAGGCAUGCGCCAGCGUGCAGGACAGCGGCUACGAGUCCCGUCUGUGUUCUGUGUUGAGGCAGUCAGAGCUGGACUGGGCUGCCGGCCCGCGCUGCGCAAACGAGACUGAGCCAAUACCUUUCGGGGGCCUGAAGACCUGGCCUGUGUGACACCAAGGGGCUGAAGAAGCUGCUGACUGCUUCACACUCGGGUUGUCAGGGUUGCAGAAACUCACAGCUCCUGCACAUAGCUCUGGGGAAUGUUUGAUAUUUUUUAAACUGCCUUGCUGAGAUUAUGUUUUUCUAAAAUCUAGGAUAGUAAUACUAAAACUAAAAUUGAAGUUUGAAAUAGACUUUAGUAGAAAUGUUUGUCAUUGAAUUAGUUUUAGAAAAUAUAUUCUAUAUUCAGCGCUAUUGAGUGCUUACUAGUUAUGCAUGGUAACAUCUGAGAAACCAAGCAACUGCUGAAUCAAACCCGGCUCAUCUGAGUCUGUCUGAGGGCCUUUUAAAUCAAACUCCUGCUGAAUCUGUUCUGAAUUGAUGAGGCUUAUGUUGUAGGAGUUACAAAUAGUUGCCAACUGGAAGAUAAGAUAACUGUUUACCUUUACCUUGCUCUAUGCUGAUCACACUUCACAACAGGAGUUGUACAGGCAGCGAUAGGACAGGCUCGUGCUUAUUUAGCCGUGGUUAGAUUGAUCAAACCGGAUUUUAAAAUGAAAUCAUAUUUUGGAAUAAGUGUAAUUAUGAACCCUGGGACUGGAUGCAGCAGAGCUAGUGUGAGUUUCUAACCCUGCUCAAACUCCUGGCUGCUGAUCAUUUCAAUUCUAGAGUUCGAGGUGAGCUCAGAAACCCAGGGCUAGUGUGAGUUUCCAACCUUGUUUACCAACAGGGGUGGCACUGAGAUGCAAGGUCAGGAAUUCAUUUCAGUUCAACAUUUAAAAACUCUGGAAGGCUCCCAUAGAACAGACUUGGCAGCCAUGCCUCUGGGCAGCACUUAGACUCAGGGGAAAGUGAAGUGCUCCACUUGCUGCUGUCAUAGCUGGUGUAACUGAUAGUAGUAAUUACAUGUGUACUUGUACACUCUAGGAUUAAUUAGCCACCACUGGUGUGGAAUUGUGCGUGAGAAUAGAGCACUCUACUUACAGGAACCCCUGGUUUUAAUGGGAUGAAGGGCUUAUUUUAACCAGGAUCUAGAAUUAAAAGUAUUGUGCGAUUUAAUUAUAUUCUUCUAGCUGUAGUUCUUUCUUUACGUUUCUUCCCAAUUCAAGCUAUAAAAGACUUUAAUUUCUUAUUACUUCAAGCAUUUCCAUGAACUCUUCCCUCGCGCACCUACAUUCAUUCUGUAGAUUUCGUUUGAGCAGACAUUUGCUUAUUUUAAAUGAUGAUAUCUGGCACUUCACAUGGUUAAAUAAAUCUGUUUGCGAUCCAUGUUUUUAGACUGCCUUGUGCUUCCUGGGUCGCUUCCCCAGGAGUCCCUGUCCGUUCUCUUGUCUUCGUCCUGUCAAUCACACCACCAGCUGUUGCCAUUAUUGCCUGACACGCUUACUGCAGCAGCAGAUUAAAAUGAAAACGUAUGUUUACUAUAACAUGUGUUUCUUAUGAAGCUGCACAUCAGAGACCUGUGUAGCUAAUAGAAGUGUAGAAUGGGUGAGAUGUAAUGUUUUGUUGGCUGCAGUUGCUUGAAUGUGUCCCGUGUGUGCCUGCACUGUCGAUUCUACCAGCUGCUGCUGCACAGCGCACUGCUGGAGGGGUCCCUUGUGGAAGCAGGGCAGCACUUCACUGCGUUGUUCAUGUACAUCGUGUAUCGAGGCACACAUUUGCAGCCAGAUGUCUUGUGGUGUGUGUUUUUGUUUUUUUUAUCAAGUUAAUUUAA